AUGCCAUCAACACUAGAGAUUGCCGUCGCAGCAGCGUCGACGACUGUCAGGAUCAGUGCCUUUCUGUUCCUGAGAUGGAUUCCGGGACACCAUUUUCCUCCUCUUAUUAUUUCAGCCAUAGUACUGUACUUGUCCUUGAUCACCGCCAACUCGAAAUCGUUCGGUACGCACAGACCCACCCUACGCGAAGCAUUUCCCAAGCUAUUCAGGCACGAGAAGAGAUCAGAAGCGCCGAAGUCUGACACCCUUCACGAGCUGCACCAUGAUGAACCUGCCGUAUACCAUGACGAGAAGGCUAUCUGGCGGACACUUCUACUUGGUAUUCCAGACUGGAAAGAGUGGGAAUUCAGUUACACUGCUAUAGCUGUGAACAUCUUGCUGACGCUUUUGUCCCUCGAUAUGAUAUUUCGAGGUCCUCUGCUCUACGAUGGCAAGGACCUCACUUUUACCCGUCUAGGCUACGUUGAUGACACGAGCGCCAAAGUGUUACUGCGAGAUCCGAACAUCACAAAUCUACCUAUCUACGUCUACCUAAGACCUUCCAACAGCCCGGCUUGGUCAAACGUCGACACUCUCUAUUAUCUGGGAGAGGAUAGCGAUUAUACUUACCCGAUCACGUUCUCAAAGCUGCAAGCUGAUACAGCUUAUACCUAUGCCUUGUCCAACGACCUCAAGGGUCAUUUUCAGACCGCACCCGGAGCCAGCGACCAGAAUGCAAAAUCUCUGAUCUUUCUCACUUCAUCCUGCAUAAAAGCCAAUUUUCCAUACAACCCCUUCUCACAUUCUUUAUCCAUUCAUGGCUUUAAGCAUUUGUCUAAUGUAAUGAAAGCUCUACCAUCACGGACCGCGUUCAUGUUGUUCCUGGGUGAUUUUAUCUAUGUUGACGUACCGCAACGUCUAAGCUCAACCGUCGAACAUUACCGGUCUGAAUACAGGCGCGCUUACAAAUCGCCGUCAUGGCAGCUGCCCGGUCUUCAGAUUCCUUGGCUCCACACCCUCGACGAUCACGAAAUCGCCAAUGACUGGGCGGGUGGGAAUGAGACCGAGCCUUUUCCAGCAGCCUCAGAUCCUUUCCUUCAUUAUCACGUGUCAGUCAACCCGCCGUUUCCACAGGAUGUACCAGCAAGCAGUCGUGCAAACACAACGUAUUUUCAGUUCACGCAAGGACCAGCAUCUUUCUUCAUGCUCGACACACGAAGAUAUCGCACGCAACCAGAGUCCGAACAGGCUAGUCUCUUUUUCUCAGCCAAACCGCUUUAUGGUAGCUCAUCUGCACCAUCUCAGACACCGGAAUAUGCACCGAGUAUGCUAGGCCCUGCUCAAUUGCAAUCACUUCUUUCUUAUCUCACAACACCUGAACCUCCAAACGUACACUGGAAAUUUGUGGCCUCUUCAGUUCCAUUCACAAAGAAUUGGAAAGUCGGCACCUCUGACACAUGGGGAGGUUUUCUUACUGAGCGUCAACGUGUACUUGAUGCAAUGCAUUUCGCAGAGGCUAAUCUCGGGGUCCGGGUCGUGAUCCUUUCUGGCGACCGCCACGAGUUUGCAGCUGUGCGCUUUCCUCCAAGCGCAACUCGUGCCUUGUCCUCCUCAAAGGAUGGUGCUACUGGCCCACAUGAGUUCAGUGUUGGUCCCCUUAGCAUGUUCUAUCUACCUCUCAGAACUUUCAAACAGACCGAUGAUGAAGAUGUGGCUAUAGCUUACUAUCCUGACGGCAACAGUAAGGUUGGAACAGUUGAGAUUGCAUCGAUCAUCAACAGAACUUGCAGAAAUUCCAGAAGCAUAUUAACAUACACUUUGUGGGUGGAUGGAUCUAGAAGAUGGAACUAUACUAUUGAGAGCCCUUCCUCAGUUAUUGUGUCAAGAAGUAAUCUAGACACCUGGAGAUCCUGA